GUAUAUUCCAAAUAGAAAUUUUUCAUUGAAUAUAAGUGACACAUAUGCGAAAAGCGAUUGUCUUUUGGAGAAAAUUUACCUAGUGCAUGAAAACCGAAUGUUACGGUGGUUUUGUUUACGCGAUAAAGUCCACUCGAAAUAUCUCUCGUUUGUAAUCAAGCAUUUGAAUAUAAAGAGCAAAGAUAAAACAUUUUUCGAAUUACUAAAGAGAAACAAAAUCUGAAAGAAGAAGAAAACAAUGCAAAAUAAUAAUACGACAAAAAUGGCAAAAAAGACAUUCAUCGAACGUGCUCUCGAACAGAUUUUAGCUGACAAAGAUAUAUCUCGAUCGCAUCAUUUGCAAUUGAAAAAGGCUUGUGAGUCAGCACUCGGUGAAAUAAAGCAAUUGAAGGAUGGUGGUCAUAUUGAAUCGAUCGAUGGCCAAUCAACGGCCUUGCCAUUGCCCAAAAAUGAUUCAGCGAAUGCUAUAAAUGCGGAAAAAUAUUUUCUACCAUUUGAAUUGGCGUGUCAAAGUAAAACGCCGCGUAUUGUUGUCACCGCUCUUGAUUGUUUGCAAAAACUAAUCGCAUAUGGACAUUUAACGGGAAACAUUCCCGAUUCAUCAAGUCCCGGGCGAUACCUUAUCGAUCGUAUUGUAUCGACCAUAUGUAAUUGCUUUAGCGGACCACAAACGGACGAUGGAGUUGAACUACAGAUAAUUAAAGCGCUUUUAACUGUUGUUACAUCACAAUAUAUCGAAGUUCAUGAAGGAAACGUGCUUCAGGCUGUGCGCACUUGCUAUGACAUUUAUUUAUCGAGUAAAAAUUUAAUCAAUCAAACGACAGCACGCGCAACACUUACACAAAUGUUAAAUGUGAUUUUCACGCGAAUGGAAAAUCAAGCAUUUGAAACGAAUUCAGAAACAUCAGCGGACAAUUCAACAAUACAAAUUCCCGUGAAUGCUUCGCCAGUUGAAUCGAAUGCGAACGAAAAAGUGCUUAACGACGAUACAAAAAGUAGCGAACAAAUUCCGAGAAAAGAUGUUGCCGCCACCGCCGUCAACGCCUCCGUCGAUAUUGAAUCAGACGAACUUUACAUUAGACACGUUCUAAAUGAAAUUAUUGACGAAGCAUGUCAAAUCGUGGAAAAUAAGUUACGGCCCAAUGAGAAUGUCGAUGGUGCAAGAGAAAUGGUCGCCGAACAAUCAUUCGAUGAUGCUCAAGUGACAAAGAAUGACAUUGAAACGGAAAAUAAAUUAGAUGAACCAACAAUAUCAACGCUUGAACCAACCACACCAACAACGCCAAAAGCCACAUCUGAGUCCAUUCCACGCGUACCAUCACAAGAAAGUGUUGAAAUUCAAAGUGAAAAUGAUAAUGUGGUAACGGCCAAAUUUACUCAUAUUCUUCAAAAAGAUGCAUUCCUUGUGUUUCGUGCGCUGUGUAAACUCUCAAUGAAACCAUUGCCCGAUGGAUAUAUCGAUGAAAAAUCACACGAACUUCGUUCAAAAGUGCUAUCAUUGCAUUUACUGUUGUCAAUUUUACAAAAUGCCGGACCAGUUUUUCGAUCAAAUGAAAUGUUUAUCAUGGCAAUCAAACAGUAUUUAUGCGUUGCACUAUCGCAGAAUGGUGUCAGUCCGGUAAAAGAAGUCUUUGAACUGUCAUUAUCCAUUUUUGUGGCAUUGCUGUCAAAUUUUAAAGUGCAUUUGAAAAAACAAAUCGAAGUUUUUUUCAAAGAAAUCUUUUUGAAUAUAUUGGAGGCGAGCACAUCAUCAUUUGAACACAAAUGGAUGGUAAUUCAAGCACUAACUCGAAUUUGUGGCGAUGCUCAAAGUGUUGUUGAUAUUUAUGUAAAUUACGAUUGUGAUUUAUCGGCGGCCAAUUUGUUAGAGCGAUUGGUAAAUCAUCUUUCAAAAAUCGCUCAAGGUCGUCAAGCAAUUGAAACUGGUAUUCGACCGAUAGAAGAGAAAGCGAUGCGAGUUCGUGGACUGGAAUGUCUUGUUUCGGUCUUAAAAUGUAUGGUGGAAUGGAGUAAAGAUCUGUACGUAAAUCCAAACACACAAACAACAUUACUUGAACCAGCAACCAAACCCUCGAAUGCAAACAAUUAUGAAACGAACAGUGUCAAUGAGAACGGUUCCACGCAAUUGAAAUCAACUACUUUGGGUGGAUCAAGUCAAAGCCUUAAUUCAAUGGGCAGUUCAAUCAAUCGAGAAGUGUUAGACUUACCCGAAGAAUUGGAAGAACGAAAACAACGUAAAGAAGUUAUGGAAACCGGUAUCGAUAUGUUUAAUCGUAAGCCAAAAAAAGGGGUUCAAUUUUUGCAAGGGCAUAAAUUAAUCGGAUCAACGGUAGAAGAUGUGGCUAAAUGGCUUUUAAAAGAUGAACGUCUGGAUAAAACAUUAAUCGGUGAUUAUUUAGGUGAAAAUGAUGAUCAUUGUAAACAAGUUAUGUGUGCAUACAUCGAUGAAAUGAAUUUUGCCGGUAUGGAUAUUGUGCUUGCGUUGCGAACAUUUCUCGAAGGAUUUCGACUGCCGGGCGAAGCACAGAAAAUUGAUCGUCUUAUGGAGAAAUUUGCUAGUCGAUAUUGUGAAUGUAAUCCAAAUUUAACAUUGUUCUCGAGUGCUGACACCGUUUAUGUGCUAGCAUUUUCGGUAAUCAUGUUGACAACCGAUUUGCAUUCGCCGCAAGUAAAGAACAAAAUGACAAAAGAACAAUAUAUCAAUUUGAAUCGUGGCGUUAGCGAUAGCAAAGAUUUACCAGAAGAAUAUUUAUCGCAAAUUUAUGAUGAAAUUGCUGGCCAAGAAAUUAAAAUGAAAAAUACUGUAAAUAAGCCGGGAAAACAAUUUAUAGCCAACGAAAAGAAGCGAAAACUUUUAUGGAACUUGGAAAUGGAAGCAAUGUCAAGUACAGCAAAAAAUCUAAUGGAAUCUGUAUCGCAUGUUAAAUCACCAUUUACAUCGGCAAAACAUCUCGAACAUGUACGGCCAAUGUUUAAAAUGGCAUGGACACCUUUUUUAGCGGCCUUUUCUGUCGGUUUACAGGACUGUGACGAUCCUGAAAUUGCAAGCCUUUGCUUAGAUGGUAUUCGAUGUGCUAUUCGUACCGCGUGCAUAUUUCAUAUGACACUCGAAAGAGACGCAUAUGUGCAAGCGUUAGCCAGAUUUACAUUGUUAACGGCAAAUUCACCAAUGACUGAAAUGAAGGCGAAAAACAUUGAUACCAUUAAAACGCUUAUUAUGGUUGCACACACCGAUGGCAAUUAUUUGGGCAGCAGUUGGCUUGACAUUGUCAAAUGUAUAUCACAAUUGGAAUUGGCACAGAUGAUUGGCACAGGCGUUCGACCGCAAUUUCUUUCCGGUCCAACACAUCAUCGUGACGCACUUGAUCCGAGUGUUAAAGAGCACAUUGGCGAAACAAGUUCACAAAGUGUUGUUGUAGCCGUCGAUCGUAUAUUCACCGGAUCGAUUCGUCUGGAUGGUGAUGCAAUCGUUGAUUUUGUAAAGGCUUUAUGCCAAGUGUCGCUGGAUGAAUUGAAUAGUGUACAACCGAGAAUGUUUUCAUUACAAAAAAUCGUCGAAAUUUCAUACUACAAUAUGGGACGUAUUCGUUUGCAAUGGUCGCGCAUUUGGCAAGUACUCGGUGAUCACUUUAAUACGGUUGGUUGUAAUGCAAACGAAGAGAUUGCAUUCUUUGCGCUUGAUUCAUUGCGUCAAUUGUCAAUGAAAUUCAUUGAAAAAGGUGAAUUUGCUAAUUUCCGAUUUCAAAAGGAAUUUUUACGACCAUUUGAACACAUAAUGAAAAAGAAUAAUUCGUCAGCAAUUCGUGAUAUGGUUGUACGGUGUGUGGCACAAAUGGUGAAUAGUCAAGCGCCGAACAUUCGAUCCGGUUGGAAGAAUAUUUUCUGUGUUUUUUAUUUGGCGGCUGGUGAUCAAGACGAAAGCAUUGUCGAAAUGGCAUUCCAAACAACGGGCAAAAUUAUAACCGAUUUAUACAAGCAACAAUUUCACAUAAUGAUCGAUUCAUUUCAAGAUGCUGUGAAAUGUUUGUCAGAAUUUGCAUGUAAUUCGGCUCGAUUUCCGGAUACAUCGAUGGAAGCGAUACGUUUGGUGCGAACCUGUGCAUUUUGUGUAUCCGAAUCACCAAAUCUAUUUGCCGAACAUGCCGGAAUGGAGAAUGAUGUUUCGGUAUCGGAAGAAGAUCGAGUUUGGGUACGCGGAUGGUUUCCAAUGCUAUUCAGUUUAUCGUGUGUGGUGAAUCGUUGUAAAUUGGAUGUACGUACACGUGGUUUGACGGUGCUGUUUGAAAUUGUUAAAACACACGGUGAAUCAUUUAAACCGAAUUGGUGGAAAGAUCUAUUUAACAUUCUCUUCCGAAUUUUUGACAAUAUGAAAUUGCCAGAACAUCAAACGGAAAAAGCCGAAUGGAUGACAACGACAUGUAAUCAUGCAUUGUAUGCAAUUAUCGAUGUGUUUACUCAAUAUUUUGAUGUUCUUGGACCAUUAUUGCUGAGCAAUCUAUAUACACAAUUGCAUUGGUGUGUUCAACAGAGUAACGAACAAUUGGCACGAUCGGGAACGAAUUGUCUUGAGAAUUUGGUGAUUUCCAAUGGAUUGAAAUUCACCGAUGACACAUGGGAUAAAACGUGCCAAUGUAUGGUUGACAUAUUCAAUUGUACGUUGCCAAAAGAGUUGCUUACGUGGAAACCAACAAGUGCCGAUCACAUGAAUAACAUCCGAAAUCAUUCAAUCGAAAAUGGUGACAUUCGACAUAAUAAUAAUAGCCAACAACAAAUUCAAGGCAUUUUAAAACGAACAAAUUCACAACAUUCAGUCUAUAGUUUAAAUGCUGAAGAUGUUAAAUCUGAUGUGUACCAUUCACAAAAUAGCGUAUUUGCAUCAUUACUUAUCAAAUGUGUUGUUCAAUUGGAAUUAAUUCAGACGAUCGAUAGUAUUGUAUUUUUCCCAACCACAUCACGAAAAGAAGAUGCCGAAACAUUGGCACUGGCUACGGCUGAUGUAACUGGCAACAUGACAUCCAGUCAAACCGAAUGCCAACGCGAAGAACAAGGAAUGUACAGCUAUUUGAAUACAAAACAUCUAUUUCAGCUGAUUGAAUGCUUGAUGGAAAGUCAUCGAUUUGCGAAACGUUUCAAUUCGGAUCAUGAACAACGUAAUAUUUUAUGGCGUGCCGGUUUGAAGGGUUCGGUUAAACCGAAUUUGUUGAAACAAGAAACAACAUCGUUGGCAUGCGUAUUACGAAUAUUAUUGAAAAUGUACAAUGACGAAUCGAGAUCGUGUGAAUGGCCCGAAAUAGAAAAUCGCCUCAUUGAUGUGUGCAAAGAAGCCUUUGAGUAUUUUAUGUUAUUGCAAAGUGAAGCGCAUCGUGAUGCCUGGACAUCAUUAUUACUACUUGUUUUAACAAGAAUCAUUAAAAUGCAAGACCAACGGUUUGCUGCGCAUAUAUCUAGUUAUUAUUUAUUGUUAUGUGAAAUUAAUUGCUCUGAUUUGAAACCAGAACUUAGAAGUGUCCUUAGACGUUUAUUCCUACGAAUCGGCCCAGUGUUCAAUAUAACAAGCACCACGGCUUAAAUUAAUUGAUUUAUAAAAUGUUUGUUUACGUUUAAACUUAUUCGUAUUUUUUCCGUGUCUUUUUGAAAUUGGGCAAUUUAAUGAACGAUUAGGAAAUAUUGUAUAGAUACAAAGUAUUCAAUGCUGUGCAGACCGAUCUACAAUAAUUUUGUUUGUUCAAUGAUCAAAGUGAAUGAAAUAUUUCAUACUAUUAUUUUGUGGGACAAGCGCCCUAAUAAACGACUUGAGUCAAAUAAGCAAAAUAAAAACGUCGUGCUAUGGCAUAUUUAUUUGAAAAAACAAAA